UUAUUCCCAACAUCAGUUGAUCACAAACCAUUCUCCAACAUACAUCAUCCAAAAAUGUCUUUGUUGCUAAAACUACCAUUACUAUUACUAAUAUUCACCCAAAAAUCUAUCUGCACAGAAGAUUUAGAUGUGAUUAUCAUUGGUGGAGGCGCUUCAGGCAUCGCAGCCGCGACAAAACUAAACAAACACGGCGUAAAUCUAAUCCUCUUGGAAGCAGAACCAAGAUUAGGAGGACGUGUGUACAGCGUACCUUUUGGUGAUGCAAAAGUAGACCUCGGCGCAGAAUGGGUCCACGGAGAAAAAGGUAACAUCGUCAAUGAAAUGUUAAAAGACACUGGAUUAUUACACCAUCACCCAGAUGAUAAACCAUACAAGAUUUUCCCAUCAAACCGAGAUGACGUCAGUGGGGAAUUCAGUAGAGAGUUAUUAAAUCUCUUCUUAGAGUUGUAUGAUACAAAUGAUCCUAAUGCGACUGCUGAUGAAACAAUUAACGAUACAUUUGUAAGACGAUACGUUAAAACCAUCAAAGAAAAAUACGCAAAAGAUAAAAUAAAAAUGCAUAUUGCACUGAAAGCGUUACCGUUGUUUGAAAAGUAUGUGUGUAGUUUGGAAGCUUCUCCAACCUGGCAUGAACCAUCAGCAAUCAGUGAUCAUGUAGAAUGUCAGGAGAUUCCUUCACACAUUGGAACGGAAAAGGAUAUUUUACAGCACUGGAGUAUUAUGAAGGAUUUCAACACCACUGGGAGAGUAUUUACUGAUAAAGUGGUCACACGUAUUGAAUACGAUGGUACCAAGGCAGUUGUCAAAGGAAAUGACUUCAAAUAUGAAGCGAAGUAUGUUUUAUUCACUCCGUCUCUUGGAGUGUUGAAACAUGAUCAUCAGAACUUGUUUGAACCUCCUUUGAGUGAGCAGAAAGUCCAGGCGAUUAAGGCACAUGGUUUUGGGGCUGUUGCUAAGGUGUGGAUGCAUUUUGCUGAGCCCUGGUGGCCGAAAAACAACUUUACUGAUAUAACUCUUUCGUGGACUUGUGAGGAUCGAAUGACUCUCGCUGCGGAGUAUCCAAAAGGACCUAGAAAGAAUGGUCAAUCAUGGCUGAAUGACUUUUUCAGUGUUAUUGAUGAACCUGCAAAUCCCAACGUGCUUGCCGCUUGGUUUUCCGGCAAAUUCAUCCCGGAAAUUGAAAAAAUGUCUGAUGAGGAAAUCAUGGAUGGUGUUUUCUAUGCCCUGGAGAGAUUCGUUGGACAUUUGUACAAACUUCAGAAACCUGAUAAAAUUUUACGGAACAACUGGUACUCAAACCCACAUUUCCGUGGAACAUAUUCCUACCAAACUGUAGCGUCUCGCAAAAUGCAACCGGACGCAAUGAAGAUUAUCGCUGAACCAGUCAAGAAUUUACACUUUGCUGGUGAAGCAACCAAUUUCCAACACUAUUCAACUGUCCACGGCGCUAUUGAGACUGGUUACAGGGAGGCCGAGCUUUUGAGGAAAGCUUUGAUUGUGAAGGCUUGAAUAUGAACAACAUUGAUUGUUGUGUAACAUGUAGUAAAUAGAUUAUGAUUGAUUAGUGUAGAAUUAUAACGUAAGAAUAGAAAACCACGCGCAAACAGUAA